AUGGCCCACCAAAUUCAACGACCAAGAUUGUUCUUUUACAAGCUAUGCGAAGGCCCUCCUACACAGAAUUCACUCUACAACUUGGCUAUUAUAGACAAAGUUGCCACACUUGAUGGAAUUCAAGAGAUGAUUCAUGGAAGGAAUGACCCUCGUGGAGAGAGAAACGAUGCGGUGGAAAUUGAGGACCAUGAUUGA